UUUAACAUCUUUCUAAUUUUCCUUUUUCAAGGCAAAUUUCUCUUUACUUCCCAAGAUCACAAAUAUAUUCUAUUCCCCCUCUUUCUCAAACCGUAUGCAUUCUCUUUAAAAUAAAGUCCCUCUCUUUUUAGCUCCAUGCCCUCCAAUGGCCAAUCCCGAAGCAACCCGUUUCCUAUUUGAAGGGAUAGCCACAGAUCUUGAGCGUUAGUCUGGUUUUGCUAAUGGGUUUUUGUAUCUGGGCUUGUUUCUUCACUUUGAGCUUCAUUUCUGUGAGCUCAGGGAGUGGGGGAAGGGCUGAAGCUGCUGAAGGCACUGUUUAUAUUGAUGGGAACAGUCUCAUUGGAAGAACAGACAGCGAUUUCAUCUGUGCCACCUUGGAUUGGUGGCCUAGUGAUAAGUGUGACUAUGGGCAUUGCAGCUGGGGCCAUGCUUCCCUGCUCAAUCUGGAUCUCAGUAACAAUAUUUUGUUAAAUGCUGUAAAAGCUUUUUCACCAUUGAAGAUUAGAUUGGGCGGUACUUUGCAAGAUAAGGUCAUCUAUCAAACUGGGGAUCAUAAGCAACCAUGCAUUCCAUUUUCUAAGAAUACCUCCGCAUUGUUUGGUUUCAGCGGAGGGUGCCUGCCCUUGUCGAGAUGGGAUGAACUCAACACCUUCUUCAAUGAAUCUGGGGCUCUAGUUAUUUUUGGGCUAAAUGCUCUCAAUGGAAGAACCAUAAAAUCUGACAGUUCGGCUAUAGGAGCUUGGGAUCUUACAAAUGCAAAAUCUUUUAUGGAUUAUACCGUCAAGAAGGGUUACACAAUCUACGGAUGGGAGCUUGGAAACGAAUUGAGUGGAAGCGGAGUUGGGGUCAGAGUGGCGGCAGAUCAAUAUGCCUUUGACACUAUAGCUCUCCAAAACAUAGUGCAAGACAUUUACAAGGACAUUGAACCUAAGCCGAGAGUCAUAGCACCGGGAGGGUUCUUUGAUGCAACCUGGUUCAAAGAAUUCAUCAACAAAACAACCAACACUUUGGAUGUUGUCACUCACCACAUAUAUAAUCUUGGCCCGGGAGUGGAUGAGCACCUUGUUGAGAAGAUUCUCGAUCCAUCCUAUCUCGAUGGAGAGGCCAACACAUUUAGCCAACUUCAGAGCACCCUCAAGAGUUCUCCAACUUCAGCAGUUGCAUGGGUAGGCGAGUCAGGAGGGGCUUAUAACAGUGGCCGUGAUACUGUAACCAACGCCUUUGUGUUCAGUUUCUGGUAUUUGGAUCAACUUGGAAUGGCAUCGGCUUAUGACACAAAAACAUACUGCAGACAGACUUUGAUUGGUGGAAACUAUGGUCUACUCAAUACUACCACCUUCGUGCCAAAUCCCGAUUAUUACAGUGCUCUUCUUUGGCACCGGUUAAUGGGAAGGAAGGUUCUAUCGACUAGCUUUUCCGGGACAAAGAAGAUACGCGCAUAUGCUCAUUGCGCUAAGUAUUCUCCAGGAAUUUCAUUGCUGUUGAUCAACCUGGACAACUCGACGACUGUUCAGGCUAAGGUUUCCUUUAAUGGUACCCUGGCAUUGCAGCACAGACACAAGUCUCAUGGUCACCGGAAAAGGAUGGCCCGGCUACCUCGAGUGAGUAAGAGAGGUGAAAGGACAAGAGAGGAAUACCAUCUCACAGCAAAGGAUGGCAAUUUGCACAGCCAGGUUAUGCUGCUUAAUGGGAACAUUUUAAGUGUAAAUUCAUCUGGGCAUAUACCUCCAUUGGAGCCUGCAAGUGUAAAUUCAACAGAGCCCAUAACCAUUGCACCAUUUUCCAUAGUAUUUGCUCACAUUCCAUAUGUUGUUCUCCCUGCUUGUAGAUAGGAGGGGAUAGACGGGGCCAAAGUUGGCUCUGUUUAGUGAUUGAUUAAAUAAGGAAAUAGGAUACCGUGCAAUUUUCUUUUUUACUUUCUGGGUGAAACAAUAAAAUGCAAUUUUUUAAGGGCCUCCAUGCAUAUAUGUGAAUUUUAAUGUUCUUUGAUUUUCCA